AUGGCCUCCUACAAGACCGGCGCACCUUCUGAAGCCCAGACCCAGACUGCCAAUCUCCAACCAGACCUUCAAACCGAGAACCAGACCCAAGACCCAUCAGUGCCCCGGAGUGAGGUCACUGAGCAAUUGGAAUCCUCCAACCAAGCCCUUCAGCUGAAACUACAAGCUUUACAGAAGGAGCUCGAGCAAACCCAAGCUGAACUCUCAGCUGUGGAUCAUGUACUAGAGGUGGCCAACAACGGAAAGCCUUGA